AAGACCAACCUAUAUGUGGAAAGUUGGCGACAAGGGGCGGGAACUCCGUUACCCUCGGAGUGCGACCUCAAGAAAACAGUUGAAAAUAUAGACGACAUUAGCGUAUCGUUUAUGAACUCCAAACUGAAGGGACAGUUCGACUAUCUUAAGGAUCAUAGCAAAUGGGCUAUUAGUAAGACGGCUACCGUUCCCUUCGUGUGCUUCGGCGAUAUGAACCGAAUGCAGUCCCAGUUUAAGAGGGGUGGCGGACAGACAUGUUUCCAAAGCCCUAAUGUAUGGAAACAUAUGAAUGAUUGGGUGAUGGAUGUGGAGAAGUGCGACAAAGGAAAUGCUGUGGACUGGUAUGUAGUCUACAAACUUCCCAAAGUUUCCGACGCCGAGCCCCCUCUGAACACAGGCCUACGCUAUGCAUACAUGACUAGUAUGUCCGACAAGGGAUGGACCCUGUCUGAUCUGGACAUCAGUGACGAGACAUCAAUAUUUGGACAGACAUUACACCCACUAUAUGCCAAAAAGGUUGACCCGAGCAUCAGUUAUAUCAAUUACAACGACCACUGGCCUAACGACACGAUAAAAUCUACCGGCGCUCACGCCAAGGGAGUCAUAGCCGCUGAUGAUAGCCAUGGCUUUUGGCUCAUACAUAGUGUCCCGAUGUUUGCCGCCGAAGAGUCGGGCCAUAAGUAUGUAUACCCAGAGUCUGGUGAGACCUACGGACAGACAGCUCUGUGUAUUACCUAUAAACUCACUGAAAUCGAUAAUAUCCUUGAGCAAUUACUGUACAUGCAUCCAAAUGUGUACACCAUGCGUGUGAGCACCCACCUAAAAAGUAAAUCAUCAAAAAUCGCUGCCUUAAGCGAUAAGGACUGGAUAUCCGGCGAUAUGAAUGUCCAGACCAUCACCAGCGCCGGUGGUGUAAACUUCACCAGUUUUAGCAAAGCACCGGGCGAUCAAGUGGACCUGUACUCCCAGAUCAUGGCAUCGGUACUCAACACUAGUUUAUAUGUCGAGACGUGGAGACAGGGAUCGGGACAUCCCUUACCCUCGGAGUGUAGUCUCAAGAAAACGGUUGAAAAUAUAGACGAC